AUGGCGAGAGGCUUUCCGACGCCCACGACGACGAGAGCGCUGUGGAGGUGUUCGGGAGUCAGGAAUUGGGCCACCACCACCAACACCACCACCACCAACACCACCACCACUACAGCCGCGAUACAAGCGACAGGACACCGAGCGUUCCGCGCAUCCGUCGUCGUUCGCACGCCUGAGGACAAGCACAGCGACACCAAGAGCCCACUCGAAGCCCUCAAGCGCACUCUCCGCACUGCCAAAGCGCCACGAGAAAAAGUCUGGAACGUCCCGAACACGCUAACCUUCGGGCGUCUCUUCGCGUCGCCCGUGAUCGGCUACCUGAUCCUGCACGACCAACAUGUCGCGGCUUUAUCGCUCUUCGCGGUCGCGGGGGCCUCAGACCUGCUCGACGGCUGGAUCGCGCGGCGAUGGAACCUGCAGACGGUAGUCGGCAGCGUGAUCGAUCCGAUGGCGGACAAGACGUUGAUGACGAUCCUGACGAUCUGCCUCGCGGCGAAAGGAAUCCUGCCGGUGUGGAUAGCGGGAGUGAUCCUCGGCCGCGACGUCGCGCUCGCUAUCUCCGCGAUCUACUUCCGCUGGAUCUCACUGCCCCCGCCGAAGACUAUGAAGCGCUACUGGGACUUCUCGCUCCCCAGUGCUGAGGUCCAUCCUACCAAUAUCAGCAAGCUCAAUACCGCACUGCAACUCGCGCUUAUCGGCGCGUGUGUCGCCCAUCCCAUCGUCGGUGGGAGUGCCGAUUGGGAGGCCGCGUUCCAAGCUAUGCAAUACACGGUUGCCACUACGACGGUGUGGAGCGGGUUGAGCUACAUUUACUCGAAGGAUGCGGUGACGUUCGUGAGACAUCCCUCCACCCCCACCCCCACUAUUACCACUACCACUACUCCUCCCCCACCACCCGCGGAAGACGAUAAAAUGAAGCAAUAG